GGCGGAAGGAACCGAAAGAAGAAGGAGACAGAGACAGAAGAGGCACGAGCUCACGGUGUCACGGGGGGACGUUCGUUUUCUCCACAGCCACCUCACCUCAUCCGCUCACUCUACAGCUUUAACAGAAUGAUGCUGCAGCACUCGGGUCCCUCGCUGGCCGACAUCAGCUGCUCUGCCCUGGUGCCCUGCCUGUCCCCGCCGGGCUCGCUCACCCUGGACGACUUCACCAACUUCACGCCCAUCGUGAAAGAGGAGCUGCGGCUCGCCAUCCAGACCAAGCGCCUGUCCAACGGGCUCAGCGCCGACAUGAGCUCGGACGGAGCCAGCUCCAGCUCGGACCGGGCGUACGACGCGCUCCCCUGCGGGUCGGGAGUCAAGAGAGAGUUGACAACCGAGGAGCACGAUAGGAGGAAGAGGAGGAGGGAGAGGAACAAAAUCGCUGCUGCAAAGUGUCGCAACAAGAAGAAGGAGAAGACGGAGUGUCUGCAGAAGGAGUCGGAGAAGCUGGAGAGCGUCAACGCCGACCUGAAGGCUCAGAUCGAGGAGCUGAAGCAGCAGAAGCAGCAGCUGGUCUACAUGCUCAACCUGCACCGGCCCACCUGCAUCGUCCGGGCCCAGAACGGCCAGACGCCUGAGGACGAGAGGAACCUGUUCAUCCAGCACAUCAAGGAGAGCACCUUACAACUCCACAACCUCACCUCCUCCUCCAUCACCUCCUCCUCCUCAGUCACAUCCACCUCUACAGUAGCACCUCUAGAUGGAGGACUCCUCACCCUCGAUCACAUUCACUGCCCCAGUCACCUAUGAGCUGAGCGAGCAGGUGUUUUUGCCACUUUUCUAAGACUUAUGCGACGCGUCCGCCCGCCGUCUCUGAUGGAGCUGAGACUGUUCGAGACGCAGGUGGAGCCGCCGUAGACUUAUGACACGAGAAUGACAGUGAGACGCCACCUCCAGACGGCUCCUCGUUCUCAUUCAGCAUCCACAAAGCUGCUACAGAGAGUGUCAUAACGUGACCUCAGCACCACCCACUCCCUGAAACCGUAGCUGCUGAUUGGACAAAAAGUGACGUACGAUGGACACCUUGACAUGCAUUAUGAAUUUCUUUUUUUUUUUUU